AUGUCUGCCGCCAACUUGAGCCUCCGGCCCUUGACCUUGUUGGUAGGCUUCGCUUACUACUCUCUCCUCGGUGGCCGUCUCGAUACUGUCCUUCUCAUCCUCUUCUCGGCCCUUCGCAACAGACACGCCCUCGCGGAUCUCGUCUCAGGCUACGUCGACACGCACACCCUGCGCCACCAGCUCCUCCUCCUCCUCCCGGGCUUCAUUCUCGGCUUCGUCGUCGUCCAGGUCUGCCGCUUCUUCCUGGGGCUCGCGGCGGGUACGCGAGACGCCGCGAAAUGGACGACGCCUGUGAGACCGCUGCUGAUCCCCUGUACGACGACGCACCGCCGGACAUUCCCGGAGAAGCACGCCUUUGAGUACUCGUACCUCGUCGUGGGCAUCCCCGUCGGCUGGAGUGGCACCUACGCCGGCAUGGUCUCGAGCGAUGUCCAGGCGCCCGGCUGGACGUCGUUGUUCUCCGUGUCGCCGCAGCCCGGCAAGGGGUGGUUUGAUGUCGACCCCGCGGAUUAUCUCGACCGAGGCAAUGGGCAUCUCGGGCUCAGGGGAAAGCUGGAUGCGUAUCUCGAAUCACAGGGCGCCGAUCCGGCGCAGUAUCCUGGCGCCUAUCUCGUCACUGCGGCCAGGUUUAUGGGGUAUCACUUCAAUCCGGUCUCCUUUUGGUACCUCUACUCCAAAGACAAGGAGCUGGCGGCCAUGAUCCUCGAGGUGAACAACACCUUUGGUGAGCGCAGGAUGUACUUCCUCACCACUGACGCUCUCCCGUCAGAGCAGCGCCUCAAGAGAGGCGACGACACCGGGGAAGGCGUCUCAGAGCCCGACUCCACAGGAGACCAAGAGUCUAACGGCAAAAGGCCCACGGUGAGACUGACCAAGCAAUGGCCAAAGGACUUCCACGUCUCCCCCUUCAACUCGCGCAAGGGCGCCUACUCCCUCUCGGCAACCGACUUCUUCGGCCCCGGUGCUCGCGGGGCCUGCGUCCUCGACAACACAAUCACUCUCAAGUCCUCAAAAGACCACCCCAAGCUCGUUGCCCGCCUCUUCAACUCGGGCCCCGCCAUCGACCCGGGCUCCAUGUCCGCCCCCCAGAAGCUCGCCUUCCUGUGCCGCUGGUGGUGGGUCGGCUUCUUGACGUUCCCCCGCAUCGUCAAGGAGGCCGGCGUCCUCUUCUUCGGCAGGAGGCUGCACGUAUGGUACCGGCCGGAGCCGCUGAAGGAGAGCAUGGGCCGUCGGGCCGACGCGACGGAGAGCCGGCUCGAGCCCAUCUUCCGAGCCUACCUGCGCCACCUCGUCAAGCAGUCCGCGGCCGCCGUCGCCGUCAGGUACAUACCCGCCGGCAUGGACUCGGCCGGCCCCGAGGUGAUGCAGUCCCCGGCCGCGAAGAAGAGCCCCAAACGCGCCGAGGAGCUCGACUUCAAGGUCCUCACGCCGGCGUUCUACGCCCGCUUCGUGCACUACGCCCACGAUCUCGAGGCCGUGUGCUGCGAGUUCCAGGACAACUCCACGAUAUGGAUCUCGCGGCCGGACCUCCUCCCGAAGCUCAUCCUCAAGAAGCCCACGCCGCCCCUCAAGACGACCAACGUGGUCGACUUUGUCUGCUUCCGAGCCAUCCGGGCCCUGCGCCGGAGGCCGGAACGCAUCGAGCGGCCACUCACCUCCGCCGGGUCGCCGGGUGAAGGCCAGCGGGAUGGCGGCGGCGGCGUGCAAAAGGUGGAUAUCCGCGACUUUCGCAUCUCGUCCAUGGAUGGCUUCAUCCUCAGGCACCCUGAGGCGCAGAUGCGGAGCGUCUACCGGUCGCUCGUGCUGCGGGUGUUCCUCGCCGACCGCCUGGCACUGGGGAGCGUGGAGCUGCUGGGCUUGCAGCACCUUAUCGUGCGUGCGGGCGUCGCUUGGGCCCUGUCGUCGUUGGUCGCUCCGUUGGUGAGAUGA